AUGGAUUCUGAUAAGAAAUCCAUUUACUAUACAGUAGCGAAUAUAGCAGCGCACGAAGGAUCUACAGGUCACUAUGAAGUUAAAAAUGAUGCUGUAGCUGCACUUUGUGAAUUAGUGCUCUAUUUUUCGGAGUCUCUUGCAAAGGACUUGGAGGCAUUUGCCGCUCAUGCCAAGCGAGCAACUGUCUCUCCCUCUGAUGUGCGUUUAGCUGCCCGUCGACAGCCAAAAGUAGUUUCACAAAUUGACGAGCUGAUUUCUUCGAUAGACGAAGAAAAGAAGAAAAAGAAGAAAAAGAACGAUCCUUCCUCUUACAGAGUUUUGUUAUCAAACAUUUCAUCACAAAAUCUCUACAAUUGCCUCCACUUCAACAGGAACUCCCAGAGCCUGGCGUUAAGAAACAGAAUCUUUCAAGAAAUGGAUAUGUGCUUGCCAUUCUCACCGAAAAUCUCGACUAAAACAUCUGAAGCGCCGUUCACAACCGCAGGUACUUUCUCAAACGUAGGACAUGCAUUCACAAAUCCAGUUAUCUAUGGGGAGAAAAAAACGAGGGUACCUACUUUGCAAACACGAACUUUGGUCGGGUCCGAGAUCUCAGCUAUUAUCGACCCGAAUCACAAUGAUUACACAAAAUGUUCGCUGCCAACACCAUUCCCGCCCUUCUUGAAGCAUCGUAUCCAGUUUUCUCGUCGAUAUCAGCUCCAACCUUCACAGUUCAUUCCUAAUUUCUUCACAUACCUUUCCUUUGUAAAAUGA